GAUCCUAUCGAUAAAUUCUUGCGUUUCCUCAGUCAAACCCUUUUCUCCUGCAAAAAUCAGACACCAAUUUCGUUAUUUUUACAAACCAUUUCCUCCGCAACCGGCGCUGUUUUCCGUCGACGGAACAAGGGUUUCUGCUAACGUGUGCGCCCUAUGUAUUUUGAAAAAGGUUUCUGUUAUUGCCGCAUUGUAGACGUGGAGGAGGUUGGGGGAGUCGAUGGAUGACGUCAGCGUUGUUAUGGUGGGUCCCAGGAAGGUAUGGGGUACGUGGGAGGAACUUAUCCUCGGCGGUGCUGUUCUCCGGCAUGGGACCGGCGACUGGGACGUCAUUUCGUCGGAGCUCCGAACACGAACCGCUUGCCCAUAUUACUUCACCCCUGAGGCAUGUAGAGCAAGGUAUGUAGAUCUGCAACAACGUUAUACGGGUUGCAAAUAUUGGUAUGACGAGCUUCGAGAACGUCGAGUUGCGGAAUUGAAGCGAGAACUAGAGAAAUCUGAAGAAUCAAUUGGGUUUCUUGUAUCGAAGCUUGAAAAUCUAAAAGCUGAGAAGGCACAUUGUGAUCAUAUCGAAUACGAUUCGAGCCAAACUGAAUCCCCACCUCUACCUUUACCAAAAACAAAAGGGAUCAAGAUUAAAACAAUUCAUAAAGAAGGAUUGAAAGAUGAAUUUGAAUUAUCUGCCGGAAGUUUUACUCAAGAUCUUGAAACAAACCCACAACCCAAAUCUCACAGCCCUUCCCUAAAUUCAUCGCAAAAUGUCGAAAUAAAGCUACAAGUACCCGAAUCCUGUAUGAACACGAUGAUUGAACCAAGCCAAGAAAAAGGCGGAACGAUUAGAAAAAGAAGAGGGAAGCGGAAAAGGAAAGACGGUAAUUGGGAAGCAAAAGAAGGGAUUGUGGAGAGCGAGAACUUGGGUUCGAGUAGUGGUGUUCGGCGGAAUGAGACUUCGACGAGUGGUUGUGGUCAAACAGUGCGAUCUUCGAGUGCGGAUCUCCAGGAUGGAGACUCGUGUAGAGGCAGAGAAACCGAUGAUUUGGUCGGGAUUUUUAAUUCUGUUACCGAGAACCAAUAUGCAUUGGUCUUUAGACGACGGCUAGAUAGCCAGAAGAGAGCGCGGUAUAGGAAAACCAUCCGGCAACAUAUAGAUCUUGAAACGAUAAGAUCAAGAAUCGGUAAUUGUUGUAUCAAAUCGACACGAGAACUCUUCCGAGAUUUGUUUUUGCUUGCCAACAACGCGCUGGUGUUCUACUCGAAAAGAACACGAGAGUACAAAUCCGCAUUAACCCUGCGUGGAAUCGUGACCAAAAAGUACAAACAGUUGUGCAGCGAAUCUGGCAGCAGUAGCAGUAGACCGUUAUCAUCCAUGCUAUGUUUUUCUUCGAUGUCAAGUCCUCCGGUGAGACCACGAAGCAUUAGGGCACGGGCCCCGAGUAAACAAGUAAAGGUGGUGGUGAAGUUUCCGACAAGCGGGCAGAUGGUGGGGCGACACGGGUAUUUGAAAGUUAGCAGUAAUUCUGAUUCGAGUAGCCUAAAUCCACCUGAGGCUAGCCAGUCAAAUGUUGAGUUAAGUGGUUCCAAAGGGAAGGUUGGAACAGGAUUAGGGCGCCCAAGGAGGGUGAAUAGGAAAAGAGCUCAUCAAAAGUAG